AUGCCAAAGGCAUUCAUGCCUCAAAAAGGUGGAAGCAGCAGUGGCUCCUCCCCAGUGACAUCCAAUGGUGGGCCUCCCUCUCCUCUGAACUCCUUCCUUUCUCCACCUUGCUCACCGCCUGCGUUUCACCUAUCGUCCAGCGCCCUCGGAAUGCCCUGUUCAGAAACCUACUUGCCCAACUUCAAUUUGCCUCUUUGCUACAAGAUCUGCCCAAGUAACCUUUUGAGAACACCACCUCUUGUGUUUCCCACUCCUGAAAAGCCUGGAAGCACCAACCCUCAUGCUUUGCCCCCUUUCAUGAUGGAGGUGCCCAUGUUGUCUCCCCUGGGAAUCCCCAAUUUUAAAAAUGGCAAAGCUGAAGACUUAAGUGGGCAAUGUCUGCAAAUUCCCCAUCCUGCCAAUCCAAUGUUGUAUGGGUUACAUGCACCUGCAAAUGUGUUCCCAUCGACUCCCAUUGCCCAAGAAGCCUUCGGUUGUUCUUUACAUCCUUCCUAUGGCUUUUAUGGCUAUAACUUCCCCGUGCCGUCCAGACUCAUGAAUGCGGCAAGCCAUUUCCGAGUGAACCACGGCAUCCCAGCUUCCUAUCGAGGUGGCAGAUGCAACCACUCCCGCUGGCAUCCAACAAUUAAUCACUGCCUCUAA